UAACUUGUUCACUCAAUGUUGAUGGUCUUUGUUAAGAUUUACUUUAGAGUAACGUCCUUUGAAGGAAUUUUAUUUCAAAUUCUAUUUUCCGUAUGGUGUGUUUUACUUGUAACAUUUUAUGUAGAACAACAUCGUCUGAGUAACUUUGAUGCUGUUUUUGGCAGUUCUGAUUUGCAAUUGGCAAUUGCUCUUCAACAACAGGAAUUUGAGCAACAGCAACCACAGCGUAGUUCGCAGCAACAGCAUCCACAGCGUAAUCCGCAGCAACCUGCCAUUAGUGGUGGUUCAAAGCUGAUUACUGGUCCCCCGGUUCCUAGUAGCAGCAAAAAUACAUCUUCGUCUUCAAAACAGGACACUAAACCAUCAAAAGACAAGUGUAAUAUCAUGUGAUUACUCUGGUGGGCUCUAUGAAAGGAAAAUUCUGUAAAUGUUUGACAGUUUGUAACGCCCUUUUUACCUUAUUAUGUAUUCUAAUUUCCAUUCGAGUAAUACUCUCAUCCAGCUAUCUGUACAUACUAGUUUUGGACGCUACAAUAUAGACCACUUUCUUUUAAUUUUUU